AUGGCACCCUUAGUAUCAGGCUACGGCUCAUCAGACGACGAAGAUCUUCCCGGACCGUCCUCCCGCGCCGCUCCCAUCGUCGCCAGCCAACCAGCGACCGAAACCGUGGAGGAUGAGGACGACGAGGCGGUCGAAGCUGCUGCUCGAGCAGACGCCUUCGGCCUCUCCUCGGCUGCUUCCUCAUCUGCUGCUCGUCAAGCAGCACAGGAGCGGAAAGCCGAAAUAGCGGCAGCCCCGGAUGUCCUCAAAGAGGAUCCCAACAAGAUCUCCAACGCAAUCAUUACUCGCCCGACGGACAAGGUGAUGAAUGUCAAUAUCAGCUAUGCGGAUAUGCAGCGGCCGGUACAGGGACCAGAAGACCCGUUCAACCAGAAGAAGAAUAAGGGGAUGAACUCGUUAGCUGGCCAUGUGGAGGAACAAUCGAUGGAUGCGUACACCUUCGCGAUCCAACAACGGACUUUCGAUGUCCACGGCUACGCUCUCAACCCAUCUACCAUGGGCCAACAUAAGCCUAUCGUCGGAUCACUGAAUCUUGCCCAUCAAAACGGCUACCUUCCGGCGGACGCCAUGAAGCCUACCAAAGCUGUUCAGCGGGAAACGAAGCGGAAGCGGAAGGGGAAAGGGGAUGCGAGCGUCGUAGAUGGGGACGAUGCGUAUAUGGGGCCAUGGGCGGCGUACGAGGUGGAUACGGAGAAGCAGAUUGAGGUGGACGAUGCAGAGGAUGGAGCGGAGGAAUGGAGAGCAGAGAAGAAGCGGCGAGAGGAGGCGCAGGACGCAGCGAGGGAGACGAUGAAGCAUGCCAGGGAAGAAAAGACUAUAUUCCAUGGAAAGGAAUUGCUGGAUUAUGCGGGACGGACGUAUAUGCACAUCCCGACCGACUUGGAUGUCAAGCUCAAUCCAUCCGAAGGGAGUGCUCCACCAAACGCAUAUCUGCCAGACAAGUGCAUACAUACCUGGACCGGCCACAACAAAGGCGUCUCCGCUAUCAAGCUCUUCCCCGUAUCCGGUCAUCUCCUCCUUUCCGCCAGUCUCGAUACAAAGAUCAAGUUAUGGGAUGUCUACCACGAAGGCAACUGUCUCCGGACGUUUAUGGGCCACUCCCAAGCUGUCAAGGACGUUGCGUUCAACAACUCGGGCGACAAGUUCCUCUCGGCGUCAUAUGACCGAUACGUCAAGAUGUGGGAUACCGAGACCGGCAAGUGUAUCCAGGCGUUCACAAACGGCAAAGCACCCAACGUGGUCAAGUUCCAUCCGGACGGCGACAAGCAAAAUAUCUGGCUGGCGGGUAUGCAGGAUAAGAAGAUUAUCCAGUACGAUACGCGAACACGAGAGAUCAUCCAGACAUACGACCAACAUCUAGGCGGAGUCAACACCAUCACUUUUGUCGAUGAGAACCGGCGAUUCUUGACCACUUCCGACGACAAGACUAUCCGCGGGUGGGACUAUGACAUUCCCGUGGUCAUCAAGUACAUUGCCGAGCCGUACAUGCACUCGAUGCCCGCCGUCGCCAAGCACCCGUCAGAUAAAUUCGUCGCGUGUCAAUCACUCGAUAAUCAGAUCCUGGUCUAUACCGCCGACGGGUCAUUCCGCCAAGUCAAGAAGAAGCGCUUUGCCGGCCACACUAUCGCUGGGUACGCGUGCAAUAUCGCAUUUUCGCCGGAUGGCAAGUAUAUUUCGAGCGGAACGGGGAGUGGAGAUCUGGUGUUUUGGGAUUGGAAGACGGGGAAGAUAGCCAAGCGGCUGAGAGGGCACAAGGAGGUGGUGAUUGAUCAUGCGUGGCUGCCGAAUGAGCAUUCAAAGGUGGUGACGGCGAGUUGGGAUGGGCUGAUCAAGCUGUGGAAUUAG